AUGGAGCAGCGCCCGCAACAGGCUUCCCUGCGACCGCUUCUGCCGCGGUCCAGAGAUGAAAACAGUCAUUCCUCUGGCGACGCGUCUCCCUCCGACCGUAGGGCUCGACCAAGAAAGCGACGCACCGUGGUGGCUGUUGCUUGUGAGUCGUGUCGCCGGCACAAAUCCAAGUGUGAUGCCGUCAGACCCCAAUGCUCCCUUUGCGUCGCUCGCGGCCGUGAUUGUAUCUACACCGCCGAACCGGACGAAUCGAGAGGCUCAGCCCUGAAGCGGAAAUACAGCGAGCUCGAGAAGAAUAUGCAGCAGCUUCAGCAAACUCAUGCUUCCCUACAGGGGCUGGUUGAUGCACUCCGGUUCCGAGAUCAGGGAGAUGUUGAGGCCGUGCUGCGUCGCCUCCGACAAGGCCAAGACGUCGAAUCCAUCGCGCGGCAGAUUCAGACAGGCGAUCUACUGCUCCAAAUGCGUCUCUCGCCCGAGACUAGAUUUCGCCACGUCUUGCCCUACCGGUCGCAAAUGCCUCUGCAACUCUUGACAGCGCACAAUCCGUAUCUCAACUCGUCAUUAUACGAAGCCACGUUUGCGUCUCCAGAAUCCGAUAUGUCCAUGUCCAUCCCACCAUCUUCUUCCUCGUCGGCAUUGCGUCGCGGCGAGCACAGGCCGCAGUACCUCAAGCCGUACGUUGCGGCCAGCAUAGUUGACCCAAGGCUCGAUGCAGUGAAGCCGUCAGCAUGGACGACCGUCUCCAGCGAUGAUCAUUUGAUGAGGAAGUUGCUUAGCCUUUAUUUUUCCCACGAAUUUUUGUGGUUGAAUUGUUUUCACAAGGAUCUCUUCCUGGAAGACAUGUUGUCUGGCUCCACAAGAUUUUGCUCCUCACUUCUUGUCAAUGCUGUGCUUACACAGGCAUGCAGCUGCUGCCGCACUUUUUCGGAUCGUUUGGAGUACUGGAAUCCAGACAGCCUCGGGUAUCGGUUUUUUGCCGAAGCGAGGCGGCUGUGGGAGCUGGAGGCGGGUCAAAAGAGCUCCAUCACAACAGUCCAGGCAGGCAUGGUCAUCAACAUCAUCUACAACAUGUAUUCCAUGGACAAAAUUGGAAUGACAUAUGAUGUCCAAGCUAUCGCCAUGGCCCAUGACUUGAAGCUUUUUGAUGGACCAACCUCCAAGAACAGACGUAAACAAAGGGGCUAUGACUUUACAGCUUGGUCUAUAUUCUUCUGGAUGAACUUGCAGUGUUACCAUUUCAUUAGGAGUCCCUUGUUUAAAGUACCUCCGAAAGCGCCUCUCCCAGACCCAGACAAGGACCCUGAAUGGUACGGGGAAAUUUGGGUGAAAUAUCCCUUGAAUCAGACUCCAAUCCAAAUGAACUUCCCACAUUUCUUUAAAGCCAAGUGUGAGUUAGGCGUUAUUGUUACCCAAAUAGCCGUCGAUCUAUUCGACGCAGAAGAAAGGGACGGUACUCGUGAUCCCAGAGAGUCGGUAGCCGGCUAUCUGGAAGCAUUGGAGUCGUGGUCAUCGUCGCUACCAAUAUCUCUAAAUCCAACCGAAAUUGUUUUCCCUUUUCAUCUGAAGCUGCAUCUCACCUAUCACAACAUUGUCAUCAACCUCUGCGAAGUCACCACACCAGAUGGUGACGCAAAAAUACCUGCUCAGGCCGACGGCGGGGUUCGAUGGAAAUUACACUUGUCUAGGAUCAGCUUUGAGACCAUCGUGAGACUGUAUUACCUCCGCCACGGGUUCGAAAAUGCCGAUGCAUACAUGGCCCAUUGCUUGACAGUGUUAGCCUUCAUGGGCGUCGCUCAGCUAGCUGCUUCAACAACUCCCUCCCUUCCAGCUCCGACGUCCCCAGAGGAGGCACGCAGUACUCUAAUACUUGCUGCUAAAGGCUUAGGGGAGCAAGGCCAGAAUUACUAUCUGCCUUUUACGCUGUUUCAUAUCGUCCAGGGCCAAAUGGGCUCUGACGACUUGAACGCCUUGCAAUCACUCACCACAGCGUGUAACGAAGAUGUCGGCACACCCCAGAUUAGAGCAAGGCAUGUGCAAGCGCAAUAUCCAGUCAAUAUUGUCAAUAUGACCGACUAUCCGCAAAACCAGCGUUUGGGUAGUUUGAUCAAAGAGUACUCGGAGCUGGCCAUCGUGGAGGCCGCAUCGCCUUCAACGAGUGAUCUAAGCAACACCCCGUGA